CGCGAUGGAGAAGAGAUGCCAUUUAUUAGAAAGUGGCAGGCAGAGGCUGGCAGCUUCCAGUUUUCAUUACGAGACGUGAGCUUAAACACCAAAGCUUUUGCCAACGGUAUCCUGUCGUCCUUAUCAACGGCUAUGUCUUUAUCUUGACCGAUAUUCAUAACUUGACCGUAGGUUACGUAUUGUUUAUCAUCCCAGUCCACGGUUUGAUACCAAUUAUGGAUAAUGUCCGCAUAUGAUAUGAGGCACUAGCCUAAACUAAUAACUAAUUUAACUAUAAAUAAACACAAUUUUAUUUGCUGUUUGCUCCAUACCACAUUCCGUGAAAAUAAACUAAUACAAAUUAUGUACUUAAUUAAACUCGUGACGAUCAUUAAUUGGUUGGUUAAAUGUAAAUAACUAAUAUAAAUUCAAGAUUGAAGGUUGCUAAUAUACUUCUGAGAUAGUGGAAGCGAAACACGUAUAGGUAGUUUAACGACCCCAGACCUUUUGGCUAAAAGCUUCAAUGCUUAAAUGGGAUUCGUGAUUGUCCAUUAUUAGUAACGCGGGGUUCUCGGGUCUUGCACUCAAGUCUUAUUAAAUGCUCCGCCACCUGGACAAAAGGCUCUGCAUUCAUCCACCCACUAGGUGUGGCUAGUCUUAAGGAUCCUGUUGACUGAAGUUUGUAUUCCGUCGCGGGCGCAGCUACUAAUUAGGACCAUUAGGACGAGUGGCUAAUUAGAACCAUUCAUACAUUUGAUUCUCGUCUCGUCUGACGCUGGGAUGCCGUUAGAGUGAAAGUUUUUAAUUGUAUUGUUCUGCAAGCGGUGAUGAUUUUACUGAACUGUUAAUUACAUCUGAAUCUGAUCUGGCAUUAGGUACAGUCAGCAUCAAAUAGAUAGUGACAGUGAAGGUCUCCAAAUAUACCGCAACAUCUAAAUUUACCAUUAAUACUAAGUCAUCCAAAGUAAUAAAAUAAUUCAUGCCAUCCACUGUCAACAAAUAUACCGAUGCAUACACAACGCCUGAUACUUAGUAACAUUCAAACCGCCGUAAACACCAUUACACCCACAUCGCCGCCGGUAGCGUAGCACCCAAAGUGUCCAAAAAUCCGGAACACUUAAGAAAAAUGAACUUUAUUUUUAAGGAAAUAGAUGUCAAUCUUACAACUUUGUGUUUUAACAAUCAUCGAGAAGAGUGGCGACCUGUCAAAUAAUUUCCUCUCUUUCUUUAUGGCUAUGCCUAAUACGAGUACAAUAUUAUUAAAUUUUAAACUGAUUCUUUUUCAGCCGCGUUUUUAAAUGAAAUGUAGUCAUUUUAUUUAUUUUUCUCAAAAAUGGACAGCAAAGUCGAGUUUGCCGUCUAAAAAAUAGGUCGCGAAGCGCGGAGUUUAUGGUCAGUCAAAAAUUAAAAAGUUAAAAACAUUGCAGUCUCGAUUUUAGGACUGCAAUGUUGCAUACAAAUUCCAUUAUUUGUCGAGUUCCAAACUUUUUAAAAGUUGAAAUGGCCAUAUCAAAUGAAGGCACAGGCCCAUUAAACAGCCAAACAGAUGAUUAGUACCGCGACUAUUUAGCUGUCUCAAAUAGGUUGGCGUAUUUUCGGCAGAAAAAUACACUUCUAUUUUUUUAUUAAAAAAAAUAAAAGGCGGCAAGGGCUUUGUUCUGUGAAAAUAUAUACGUAAGAAUGUUGCUUUUGUAAAAUAUUUAUAUGAUAUUUAUAUUUCGUGCACCAUUUUUGAGAAAAGCACUAUAUAUGACUCGGCUGGAAGGCUACUUGCUGGCUUCGGAUUCAAUUAAACGGACUCCCAAGGUCGUCCGUUUAAAACGAAUCCUCAGCCUGCAAGUAGCUACUUCCGAGCCUCGACAAUAAUGUACUAUAAAAGAUCUUCUUAUGGUACGUUUACACGCUUGCCAAGCCUUGGCAAACGGCAAACAGCCCCAAGCCUAUACAAAUCUCGUUUGGCGUUUGAAUGGCGUUUACACGCUUGUGAAUGCGUCAGUCUGCAAUAAACAUCCAAGCAUGGCGGACACCGAACUUGUGGCGGCUAUUGCAUUUGGUUUAACGUACAUUUAUUUAAAAUGCAAGCAAAGUGAAACAAAAAAAAGGAGAGCUCGACGACAGCGAAGAUGGUGGAUGAAAAAGAUUCAUCGUAAUCGUACCAGACAAUUUAUGGAAGAGAAAUUUAGUGAACUUUUAUAUGAACCAUCUGGAGAGUUCGAUAACUUUUGCCGAAUGAGCUAUCCUGAUUUUGAGUUUUUACUGCAGAAAAUUUCACCAAUGAUAUCCAAGCAUGAUACAGACUUCAGAGAAGCUAUACCAGCCAAAUUUCGUCUUGCCAUUACGCUACGAUUUUUAGCAUCUGGUGAUUCUUACAUAAGCCUUCACUACUUGUUUAAAGUAUCUGUCUCUACGAUAUCGAUAAUCAUUCGUGAAGUUUGCCGAGCUCUUAAUGAGAUUCUAAAGGAUCAAGUUAAGAUGCCCACCACAGCAGAAGGAUGGCUUAAUAUAGAAGAAGGAUUCAGGACGAAAUUUCCACAUUGCAUAGGUUCAUUGGAUGGCAAGCAUGUAGUUAUUGAAAGCCCAGCUCAUAGUGGAACAGAGUAUUUCAAUUAUAAGAGAACGUUUAGCAUUGUUCUUUUGGCGUUAGUGGAUAGCAAAUACAAAUUUGUGUUCGCAGACAUCGGGACUCAAGGAAGAAUAAGUGACGGUGGCGUCUUUAAUAAUUGUUUACUAUGGAAAAGAAUAUGUAGAAACGAGAUAGAUUUUCCACCGCCUUGUCCACUUCCAGGAUCGAAUAUUAAUAUUCCAUACGUGUUUUUAGCUGACGGUGCGUUUGCAUUGAGUCAACGCGUAAUGAAGCCCUACCCUGGAAACCAUGAAGUAGGCUCACCAAAAAGGUUAUUUAACCAAAACUUAUCUAGAUCCCGAGUUGUAGUUGAAAAUACGUUUGGAAUUUUAACCUCAGUUUUCAGAAUAUUCAGACGCCCUAUCGAUUUAGCACCACAAACUGUGACGGAAUUUACGAUGACUUGUGUAUUACUACAUAACUUCUUGAGAACAAGUAAAAGUUCUUCAAACCGAUAUCUCCGAGUUCGUUUGACGUAUAUGACAGUAAUGGAAAUAUGGUAACCCGUGGUUCAUGGCGCAGAGAUAACGACAUAUAUAAUGCAUUGCAAAAUUUACCACAAAUACCACGAAGAUCUCCGCUGAAUGCCAAAGAAGUCAGGGAAGAAUUUACUUCAUAUUUUAAUAGGAUGAGAUAAGUUCACAAAAAUAAGCAUAUACGGUCGAAUUGAGAAACUUCCUCC